AGCAGCAGCGGUGGCGGUCUCCUGCUCUGUGGGGGAGCCAUGAGCAUGACUCCGCUCCGGCCUCCUCGCCCCAGCCUCACCGACACUCGUCCUCCAGCAGCAAGAUGUAUUUCAACCGGAGAGCCAAGAAGAUCCACAGCGAGGGAGGACCCGCUUGCUCGUCCGCCGGUUACCGGAAGGCAGAUGAUGAGAUGUCCGGCACCACGUCCCAGGCGGAUCCCGUAGACGCCACGGCGCGGACGGUGCUGCUCAACCGGCCCCAGACCACAAAGUUCUGCGAUAACCAUGUCAGCACCACCAAGUAUGGGGUUCUCACCUUUCUGCCCCGGUUCCUCUAUGAGCAGAUCAGACGGGCGGCCAAUGCCUUCUUCCUGUUCAUCGCACUCAUGCAGCAAAUCCCUGACGUAUCACCGACCGGUCGCUACACCACGCUGGUCCCGCUCAUCUUCAUCCUCACCGUGGCCGGAAUCAAGGAGAUCAUAGAGGACUAUAAAAGACACAAAGCAGACAACACGGUCAACAAUAAGAAUACAACAGUGCUGCGGAGCGGAGCCUGGCAGACUGUCAUCUGGAAACAGGUGGCAGUUGGAGACAUAGUGAAGGUGACCAAUGGCCAGCAUCUUCCAGCUGACAUGGUCAUAGUGUCCUCCAGUGAGCCACAGGCCAUGUGUUACACUGAGACCUCCAACCUGGAUGGAGAAACCAACCUGAAGAUCAGACAGGGCCUCUCGCUCACAGCCAGCUUUCAGACGCUGGAGGAUUUGGUCACGCUGACCGGUCGUUUGGAGUGUGAAGGACCCAACCGACACCUGUACGACUUCACCGGCACGCUGCGGCUGGAGAACCACAAUCCCGUUCCCCUGGGCCCAGACCAGGUGCUGCUGCGUGGCGCCCAGCUCAGGAACACCCAGUGGGUUGUGGGAAUCAUUGUCUACACCGGCCACGACUCCAAACUGAUGCAGAAUUCCACCAAGGCGCCACUGAAGCGCUCUAAUGUGGAGCGAGUGACCAACAUGCAGAUCCUGGUUCUGUUUGGAAUCCUGCUGGUCAUGGCUCUGGUCAGUUCUAUUGGCGCUGCCAUCUGGAACAGGGAACACACCGAGGAGGCCUGCUGGUACCUGUCCCGGGCCGGUGACAUCUCCACGAACUUCGCAUAUAACCUGCUGACGUUCAUCAUCCUGUACAACAACCUGAUCCCCAUCAGCCUGCUGGUCACCCUGGAGGUGGUCAAGUUCACACAGGCUCUCUUCAUCAACUGGGACAUGGAGAUGUACUACGCAGAGACAGACACACCGGCCGUGGCUCGGACGUCCAAUCUUAACGAGGAACUUGGCCAGGUGAAGUACCUGUUUUCCGACAAGACGGGAACUCUGACCUGUAACGUCAUGCACUUCAAGAAGUGUACGAUUGCAGGAAUAACAUACGGCCACUUUCCCGAUCUCGACUGUGAUCGCUCCAUGGAGGACUUCAGCAAUCUGCCUUCCAACGGCAAUAACUCCACAGAGUUUGACGAUCCGGCCCUCGUCCAGAACAUUGAGAAGGACCACCCCACGUCGCCUCAGAUCUGCGAGUUCCUGACCAUGAUGGCGGUGUGUCACACGGUGGUCCCAGAGAGAGAGGACGACCAGAUCAUCUACCAGGCCUCGUCUCCAGAUGAGGGAGCUCUGGUCAAAGGGGCCAAAGGACUCGGCUUCGUGUUCUCCGCAAGGACGCCGCAUUGCGUCAUCAUCGAAGCUAGAGGAAAGGAGAUGAGCUAUGAGCUGCUGAACGUCCUCGAGUUCUCCAGUAAUCGCAAGCGCAUGUCUGUGGUGGUCAGGACCCCCGACGGGAAGCUCCGGCUCUACUGCAAAGGAGCUGAUAAUGUCAUUUUUGAACGUCUGACCGAGGCGUCCCAGUACAAAGAAUUAUCCAUUGCUCAUCUGGACACGUUUGCCACUGAAGGCCUGCGCACUCUGUGUUUCGCCUACGUGGACCUGGAGGAAGGCGCCUACCAGGAGUGGCUGAAGGAGUACAACCGGGUCAGCACCGUGCUCAAGGACCGCGCUCAGAAACUCGAGGAGUGUUAUGAACUUCUGGAAAAGAACCUAAUGCUGCUGGGCGCCACGGCCAUCGAGGACCGUCUCCAGGCUGGCGUGCCAGAGACCAUCGCCACUCUCAUGAAGGCCGACAUCAAGAUCUGGGUCCUCACGGGAGACAAGCAGGAGACGGCCAUCAACAUAGGUUACUCCUGUCGCCUGGUGACACACGGCAUGUCCCUCAUCAUCGUCAACGAGGACUCUCUGGAUGCCACUCGCGCCACGCUGACCGCCCACUGUUCGUCGCUGGGCGAUUCUCUGAGGAAGGAGAACGAGCUGGCGCUGAUCAUCGACGGUCAGACGCUGAAGUACGCGCUGUCCUUCGAGCUCCGCCAGGCUUUCCUCGACUUGGCUUUGUCCUGCAAGGCCGUCAUCUGCUGCCGAGUGUCUCCGCUGCAGAAGUCCGAGAUCGUGGACAUGGUGAAGAAACACGUGAAGGCCAUCACGCUGGCGAUAGGGGACGGUGCCAAUGACGUGGGCAUGAUCCAGACGGCUCACGUCGGCGUGGGCAUCAGCGGCAACGAGGGCAUGCAGGCCUGCAACUCCUCCGACUACUCCAUAGCACAGUUCUGCUACCUUGAGAAGCUGCUAUUGGUCCAUGGGGCGUGGAGCUACAACCGUGUCACCAAGUGCAUCCUCUACUGUUUCUAUAAGAACGUGGUCCUCUACAUUAUAGAGCUCUGGUUUGCCUUUGUGAACGGCUUCUCGGGGCAGAUCCUGUUUGAGCGCUGGUGUAUAGGCCUCUACAAUGUGAUAUUUACUGCACUGCCACCGUUCACGUUGGGGAUAUUUGACCGGCCGUGCAGCCAGCAGAACAUGCUCCGAUUCCCGCAGCUCUACCGCAUCACCCAGAAUGCCGAGGGCUUCAACACCAAGGUGUUCUGGGGACACUGCAUCAACGCACUGAUUCAUUCAAUUAUCCUCUUUUGGUUUCCGCUCAAAAUGUUAGAGCACGAUUCGCCCUUCCCCAACGGGCAGGGAAACGACUACCUGUUUGUCGGGAACAUGGUCUACACGUAUGUGGUUGUAACAGUGUGUCUGAAAGCUGGAAUGGAGACCACAGCUUGGACCAAGUUCUCCCACCUGGCAGUGUGGGGAAGCAUGGCCCUCUGGAUGGUCUUCUUCGGCGUCUACUCAGCCAUCUGGCCCUCCAUCCCCAUCGCCCCCGACAUGCUGGGCCAGGCUGGCAGGGUGAUGCAGUGCUGGCACUUCUGGCUCGGCCUGAUCCUGGUGCCGACUGCCUGUUUACUCAAAGACUUCGCCUGGACUGCCACACGUCGCACCGUGAGGAAGUCUCUCCUGGAGGAGGUGCAGGAGUUGGAGGCUCGGGCCGUCGACCCGGGGGCAGCCGUAAUGAGGGACGCCAGCGGCCGCAGUCUAAACGAACGAGCCCAUCUGCUGAAAAGAGUCUUUAGGAAAACACCUUCAACUGUAGGACGUUCAAACUCGGUGCAGCAGACUGUGUCACACGGCUACGCCUUCUCUCAGGAGGAGCACGGUGUGGUGUCCCAAUCCCAGGUGGUGCGCUCCUACGACACCACCCUCCAGCGCCCCAGCCUCUAGCCCCGCCCCUGGCCAAGACUUUGGCUGGCCGUAGCCACGGUUAUCAAGGCGACAGCGGAGAUAGACUUCUACGUGACGCCCUCACGCUGGGCGAUCGACCCCCUGCUGUGGCCUUACUGGAACUACGACCCGAUCCCCCUCGCCGGGGGGGGGGGGUCCCGGUCCAGGGUGGAGCUGACGCAUAGAGGACUAACUUGAGAGAGGGGACCAGGCCGAGUAUACAGAAUAAACUUUCACGAGCUGCACAGGCAUGAGCAAUCAUAUCCAGGCACAGACAUGAAGACUCAAACUCAGACUGCUACUCAUACCAGUAUACCCCUCAGACUGGGUUUGGAUCAUGCCACUGUGUGUUUAUGUGUGUGUUUGUGUGUGCGCAAUGUAGUGCGUUUGUAUCUGCCUGUGCAUGUUUGUUUGAACGCAUUGACACACCUGUGUUUCUUGUGCAUGUGUGUUUCGACCAGUGUGUGUGUGUGUGUGUGUGUUUGUGCGUCAGCCCUGCUCUCGUGAGGUGGGUUUGGCCCGUCUGUUACCACAUGCUGACACGGGAGGGGACAUCAAAAUAAACACACACAGACACACACAUGCAAGCGCAAGUGAAUUCCUCGCAAAGGGAGGAAGGGAGGCUCAGGCCGAGGACUGCCGGAGUCCUGCACCCGCAGCCACAGCACCCACCUCGUCCCAUCGCAGCCUCGAGCCUCACUGCCAAACACCACAGAGACGCUGCUGAGGCAGAACGCACACCCCCCCCCCCACCCCCAACCCCGAACUGGACCUGAGCCCCUCCUGCUCCACUGGGACCACCUCCUGCUUAUCUCUCCCCUUCAUUUCUCUCCUUGUAUCUCUCCCAUCGCCCUGUCGCUCUGCAGCUUCCACGUCUCGGCCAGUAUCGAAAAAUAAAUAAAACCCAUCUCAUCGUUCCAGUGUUCGAUUCCGACCGCUCCUGUUAUUUCUUGAGGCCGCAAGACUAGCAUCCACAGCUGAGCAGGCCCUGGCCUUAGCGCUUCCCUAUUCCACGGUUCUGUUGGAUUCCAUUUCCCGGACUGUUCCUUUUACCUUUUUUAUUGUUAUUAUUAAAGCGAACAUUAAUGUU